AUGGCAUCAAACGCUUCUCAAUUGACCUUCGAUUGUUUCGACCCAUCGCAAAAAGAAGCAAUCACACAGUACUUACAAAUGCCAGCUCGUCAAUUGAACCUCCCUAGUGCCUUAGUUGGUGGCAAUAACUUAGUCGCUGAUCCAAAGGGUAAAGUUGCACUUUCUGAAGAUGCCGCUAAAAAAUUGGCCCCUGAAUCAAUUCCUUACUUACCAACUUGGAACAAGAAUGAAAAGUAUGAACCAUAUGAGUUUCAAGAGCACCACGACAACGCAUUGAAAGCUGAUAAGGACUUUCCCAACUUGUUCCCAAAGGACAAGAAGGCCGAGGUGACUACAAUUUCUCCAAAGUUGGGUACUGAAAUCAAAGGUGUUCAAUUAACUCAAUUGAAUGAUGCUGGUAAGGAUGAGGUUGCUUUACUUGCCUCUCAAAGAGGUGUCUUGGUUUUCAGAGACCAAGACUUGAUUGCCAAGGGUCCAGAGUACUUAACCAAUUACGUCAGCCAUUACGGUAGAUUGCACAUUCACCCAACUUCAGGUGCACCACAAAAUCACCCCGACAUUCAUUCAGUGUUGACAGGAGACACCAAGGAAGACCCUUUUGAAAAAAGAAACAGACUUGUUGGUUUCCACUCUGAUGUUAGUUAUGAAUUGAACCCUACUGGUGUUUCCUUCCUUGCCGUUACCAACAUCCCAAAGACUGGUGGGGGUGAUACUGUUUUUGCUGACAACAUCGAAGCUUACAAUCGUUUGUCUUCCAAAUUCAAAGAAAAGUUGCAAGAUUUGUAUGCUGUUCACAGUGGAGUUGAACAAGCUAACCAUGCUGUUGUUAAAGGAGGUGUGGUUAAGAGACAUCCAGUUGAAAAUGUGCACCCAAUUGUUCGUACCACUCCAUCUGGUCAAAAGGUUUUGUACGUUAAUAAUGGAUUCACUAGAAGAAUUGCUGACUUAAAGACAGAGGAGUCAGAAUACUUGUUGAAGUUUUUGCUUGACCAUGUCAACAAUGGUCAUGAUUUCCAAAUCAGGGUCAAUUGGCAACCUGGAACUGUUGUCAUCUUUGAUAACCGUAUUGUUAGUCACUCAGCAAUUUUGGACUUUGACACCACCGAUUCAAGAUUGAUUAUCCGUGCUGCUUCCAGGGCUGAGAGACCAGUCCACGACUUGAAGGAUUUGAACAAGCCAGAUGAAAAUAACGUCUACGAAGGUCUCGAAUACUUUGGGGGUAGAUAA